AUGGGCUAUACUUUAACGAUUUGCACACGAUUUUUCUUCGAUUGUGGUGAUAAAAUAGUUGAGCAAAAAGGUGAGGUGGAGCUCAUGAAGGAGGAGAUGGGUCGCGAUUACCUUCAUCCCAGGGUUGAUGUCCUGAACAUGCAGCAAAGGUUCGAGAAGGUUGAGAAGCAGAUUCAAGCUAUUGCAUUGUUGGUUGUGGGUCUUGUCGUGGCCGAAGCCUUGGAUCCGAGGCCAUGCGAGGCUACCGCGUGUUGGACAGGUGGCGAAGGGAGGGGAGCUUCUUCGGACCGGAGGCUCGCUGCUGGCUGGCUCGGAUUGGACUGGACUUCGGUCCAAUAG